AUGGAGGCGGCGCCACGAGAGGCGGCCCGGCCGCGACCCCCGGCGUCGGCGGCGGCGGAGCAGGAGCGCCCCGCCCCGCCGUACCUCCCCAGGCUCGUCGCCGGCGUUCUCUCCGGUGUGCUCACCGGCCUCUUCGCGGUCGCUGGAGGCUUGACGGGGGCGGUCACCGGCGCAUUGGCUGGGAGAGCUUCGGACAGCGGCGUUCUCCGGGGAGCUGGGUUGGGGGCAUUUGCUGGCGCUGUCCUGUCCAUUGAGGUCCUGGAGGCUUCCCGCGCCUAUUGGUGCGCCGACAGGUCAACACCGCAGAGUACAUCAUCCAUGGGGGAUUUCGUGGAUCAGCUCCUUCAUGCUCGGUUCGUGGGAGAGCAGUAUGAGCCAUCAGUAUAUAUGUCAUAUCGUUGGCAGGUUGGUAUUGCAGAGUUUGGCAAUGAUGAUCCGUAUGAUAUCACUGGAGAAGUUUCAUCCGAUGGGCUCUCACAGGAUAACUUGAAGAAGUUGCCAUACCAUGUGGUGAUUGAUCAGAAACAAGAGCCAGCUGGUGAAAACUUGUCUUGCCCUAUUUGCCUACAGGAUAUCGUGACGGGAGAGAUGGCGAGGAGGCUGCCAAAGUGUUGUCACACCUUCCAUCAGCCCUGUGUGGACAAAUGGCUCAUUGGCCAUGGUUCGUGCCCUGUUUGUAGGCAAGACGUGUAA